AUGAUGUUACUAAUAUUACUGCUAAUCGGCGCAAGCGCAGUUUUGGGGUUGCCAUUCAAUGAAGAAAGCGCUCCAAAGGCGGGGGACAAAUGCGGUUACGAGAGUUGCACACAAGCAGAACCGGGUGUCCUAAACGUGCAUAUAGUGCCCCACACACACGACGAUGUCGGGUGGCUAAAAACGGUCGAUCAAUAUUACUAUGGCAGUCGUAACAAUAUACAAAAGGCCGGCGUACAAUAUAUCCUCGAUUCAGUCGUUAAAGAGCUAUGGGAGGAUCCGAAGAGACGCUUCAUGUACGUAGAGACAGCGUUCUUCUGGAAGUGGUGGACGCGCCAGGGGGAUGACAUCAGGCACAAAGUCCAUACUCUGGUCAGGCAGGGAAGGCUACAGUUCGUCGGUGGAGCGUGGAGCAUGAACGACGAGGCGGCGUCGCAUUAUCAGAGCACAAUUGAUCAGUUUACUUGGGGUUUGAGAAAGCUAAAUGAAACGUUUGGCGAGUGUGGGAUCCCACGCGUGGGCUGGCAGAUAGAUCCAUUCGGACACUCCAGAGAGUUUGCCUCGUUGCUUGCGGCUAUGGGCUUUGAUGGACUGUUUUUGGGGAGAAUAGACUAUCAGGACAAACUUGCGAGGUUGAAGAAUAAGGAAAUGGAGAUGUUGUGGAGGGGCGAUGAUGAUUUGGGUCCAUCGUCCGAUAUCUUCACCGGAGUGCUAUAUAACAAUUAUUCACCACCACCUGGCUUCUGUUUCGAUGUUCUAUGUAAUGAUGAACCUAUUGUUGAUGACCCUUCAUCACCCAUGUUCAAUGUUGAUGAAAGAGUAGCUGCAUUUUUCGAAAAGUGCAAAGAGAUGGCGUCGCGCUAUGUCACAAAAAAUAUCCUAUUAACCAUGGGCGACGACUUUCAGUACCAGGAAGCAGGCAUGUGGUUUAAAAACCUGGAUAAAUUGAUUCAAUACGCAAACAUGAAAGCAGCCAAAGACGGUCUUAACAUAAAACUCUUCUAUUCCACACCUGACUGCUAUUUGAAGGCUGUGAAGGACACGAAUCCUACGCUGCCAGUUAAACAGGACGAUUUCUUUCCCUACGCAAGCGAUCCUACAGCAUACUGGACCGGCUAUUUCACAUCGAGACCUACGACUAAGUACUUUGAGAGAUUAGGAAAUAACUACCUUCAGGUAUUAGAACAGCUGCAGGUCCUUACCAAUUUGGAAGAGCAUAAUAAGUUUGUUCUUAAUGAACUUCGCAGCGCGAUGGGUAUAAUGCAGCACCACGACGCAGUGACAGGAACUGAAAAGGAACACGUGGCUCACGACUAUGAGAGGAUCUUGGACUCGGCCAUACGAGAUGCUAGUAUUAUAGCUGACCAGGCUUUUAAUAAGGUAACAAAGCCGAAUGCAUCAUUGCCUCUGUUUUCGUACAAGAGAUGUCGCUUUAAUGAGUCCAGCUGCGAAGUUUCAGAGAAAAGCGACCAAUUUGUGGUGACAAUGUACAACCCGCUCGGAUGGAACGUAAGACACCCGAUUCGAGUCCCAGUUAAGGAAGGAAAAUAUUCCGUUAUCGCGCCUAAUGGCGAAGAAAUAACAUCACAAUUGAUAAAGAUACCGGAAUCUGUCAAAAAGAUACCUACGAGAAAAUCGGAAGCCACCCACGAAAUUGUGUUUAUGGCGCAUUUACACCCACUAGGAGUAAAAACGUUUUACAUUAAGAAAACUGCUAAAAUCGUGAAAAGAAAUACGGAACGAACCAAAGAUUUCUAUUUAAAUGUAAACGACUACUUUAAAGACAUUAAAGAUAACGUACAAAUUGUUAUAAAGAACGCAGAAAUCACUAAAGACGAUGAUGAAGCAAAGAUGAAUUUUGAAAAGAGUAAUGGAGCGAAGGACAUUUUUGGAAAGGGUGAAAUAAGAGAUCGUACAGAUGAUGAUUUCACGGUUGAUGACGGAGAAGUGAUAAAAAAUCCAGCAGAGUUAGGUAUGAUAGAUUGGAACGUGUUAAAGGAUAAAGAUAGUUCGAAAGAAUUUUUCGACGAAAUGGAAAAAUUGAGGGUUGGCGUAGAAAGAGUUCUGAAUAAGCGUGGAUACCCCUAUAUGAAUGAAGAAGAGAUGAGGAUGCUAUCCGAUGAACCCAGGAUCGUGGAGAGAGAAGCUGAGAGUUAUAUGGAAAAUGAGCAUUUCAAGCUUCGCCUGGACAGUAACGGCGAAAUCACUCACUUAAUUCUCCCCGAUCGUACGAUCAACUUGAAAAUUCAAUUUUACUAUUGGACCGGUUGUGUCGGCAACAACACAAAACCAUCGCAACGUUCAUCUGGCGCUUAUAUCUUCAGACCGGAGACGAGCCGACCUCAAUCCAUGUCCUUCAAAACGAUCGCCAAUCCUAAAGGCCCAGUCGUCCAGGAACUCUGGAUUGAGAGUGAUCGAAAUUUAGCAGCAAACGUCCGAAUUUAUUUCGAAAAGAAAUACUUCGAAAUCGACUAUAUAGUCGGCCCGAUAGAUAUAUCAGAUAACAUCGGCAAAGAAUAUAUCGUUCGCUAUGAAUCCAAUCUAGUGAAUAACGGUAUCUUUUACACCGACUCCAACGGGCGACAAGUGUUGAAACGAAAAUUGAACGAACGGCCGCAGUGGAAUUUGACAUUAGAAGAACCGGUGGCCGGCAACUAUUACCCGGUAACGAACGUAAUGUACAUAGAAGAUGAUAAUACUAAACUAUCCGUAUUGACAGAUAGGUCCCAAGGCGGUUCCUCAUUGGAAGAGGGACAAAUGGAGCUGAUGCUGCACAGAAGGCUCCUGCACGACGACGCGUUCGGUGUGGGCGAAGCCCUAAAUGAAACGGCGAACGGUGUAGGCUUGGUAGUGCGCGGUCAGCAUCGCGUUCUGUUUGGUAACAACGGUUUCGAAGUUGACAAGCAAAAGGAGAUCCUAGAAAUGCACUUACAACCUAUAGUUUUCGUUUCUGAUGCGAAAAAUAUAGAUUACACAGAUUGGUUGGCGCUGAACAAUCAUUUCGAAGGAUUGAAAACCGAAUUGCCAUCCGGCUUGCACCUAUUGACGUUAGAACCGUGGUCGACAACUAAAUUAUUAAUCCGGCUGGAGAACUACCUCGAAAAAUCGGAUAGUUCAACGGUUGCUAUCGAUUUGAGAGAAUUAUUGAACAAUAUACAUAUACGUACCUUCACAGAAACGACGUUAGCGGCAAAUCAGAGAGUUGACAAAGUGAAGUGGACCUGGAAUACGGAAAAACCGUUUGUUAAAAAUUUCAAUAGGCAUUACGAUAGCUAUAUCACCGGCGACGAAGCGAACGAUGUAGUGAAUGAAGUAAACGACGAUGGUUUUAUCGUUAAGGUAAAAGCUAAGCAGAUUAGAACCUUCAUUGUCGAUUAUGAUUAUAUUCAUUAA